CCCAAGCCCGCCUGAGCUGCUGUACCGCUCUUGUUUACAGAAGCUACCUGCCCACAACAACAACAAGCUGUCGCUUCCUCUGCAGAAUUGGUCUGAUGGAGCAAAGGCACUCGGCGCGGCUCGGUGCAAAAAGGCAUCAAUGCGACCGGUGUGCAUACAGCACGGAUUGUCCUGGACAUUUUACACGGCACCAGAGAACUCACACAGGAGAGAAACCCUUCAAGUGCAGCGUGUGUGGGAAGGCGUUUGCACUUUCAUCUACUCUUGUAACACACCAGAGAACACACACAGGAGAGAAACCCUUCAAGUGCGGUGUGUGUGGGAAGGCGUUUGCACAGUCAUCUACUCUUGUAGCACACCAGAGAACACACACGGGAGAGAAACCCUUCAAGUGCAGUGUGUGUGGGAAGGCGUUUGCAAAGUCAUCUUCUCUUGUAACACACCAGAGAACACACACGGGAGAGAAACCCUUCAAGUGCAGUGUGUGUGGGAAGACGUUUGCAAAGUCAUCUACUCUUGUAACACACCAGAGAACACACACGGGAGAGAAACCCUUCAAGUGCAGUGUGUGUGGGAGGGCGUUUGCAGAGUCAUCUUCUCUUGUAAAACACCAGAGAACUCACACGGGAGAGAAACCCUUCAAGUGCAGUGUGUGUGAGAAGGCGUUUUCAAAUUCAUCUACUCUUGUAAAACACCAGAGAACUCACACGGGAGAGAAACCCUUCAAGUGCAAUGUGUGCAGGAUAUCGUUUGCACAGUCAGCACAUCUUCAAAGACACCAGAGAACACACAAGCAUCACAAGGUCCACUAGGAGUGGAGUGUGAAAUCAGCUUGUGAAAGUCAAAACCGGACGACAAUCCCAGCUUGGACACUUUUAGAGAAAUCAAGGUGAAAUAUGAAGAGGUGAAGGUGAAAUGUGAAGAGGUGAUGGUGAAGAGCGAAGAAGUGAAGGUAAAAUGUGAAGAUGAAGAUUCAACUCCAAAAUGGGACCUUCACAUCGAUGGAGGCAACGUGAAGCAGGAGGAGAAUUCUGACUGAGGCAGAGUGAGGCAACUCCCAGCAGCAGUUUGUGGAAGUGGAGGUGUGGGUGGACUUCCUCUGAGACAACACGAAGUCAAAUGGAGACCCGGUAGAUGUGUAAGCCAGAGACGAUGUCGCUCCAAUAGAUGCACCUUUGUCACAGGCCUUUAAUGACAAGAAUGUGAAGUUGAACACUCAGUUCCUAGGUUCAACCUGCAGAGUAAGAGCGAGUGGCCAGUCUUUGUGGACCUGUGUGUUGGGUAGAUCUCUGAACAGCAGCGAGAGCCAAUAAGCUCCCAAGCAUUCACGAUGUUAUAAUUGCUUUUACAUGGUGCUGACUUAAUCCGCUCAGCAACUCGGGAGUUUUGUAUCGUACCUCGUCUCAAACACUCUAAGAGCACCCCAAGUAGCAGCUGCCCCUGUGUGGCACAAGGUGGUGGCCCUGCACCGGCCUGCAUGUUGUCAAGAGCCUGUCUCAAGGGGGCGAUGGUUGAUGUGUCAAUUUAGCUGCGUAGUUUGUGGGUAAUGUUUAGAAUUUGCUCAAUUUUCAACCAGACGCCAGCAUGCAAUUGCCUACUCGUUUUGAAUGACGCAAUUUUACGUUUCACAUCCACUGUUCAGUAGAGGGUGCAUUCUUUAAAUAGCCCCUUGUUAAUAAGACGUUAUCUAAACUAGAUUGUUCAAUUUUGUGAGAACGUAAUCAACCAGGUAGGGUGUUGACUUGUGUUGGCCGACUCUGUGUUGUGUUGCAUUAUAUUUCUAAGUUCACUAUGUUUUCUCAUUCACUUGUUGCACCUGAUGAUGGUUGCUUGUGUUCCAAUCGAAAUGUCGUAUUCUGUUAUUUAAUUUCUUUUUCCGUGACUUUACCGAUGCAGUAAGUUUCACUGCAGUUAUUCAAUGUCAAUAUGCCUGUCAGUAGUUUAGAAUGAAUACUUUUCUGAUUGUGCGCAUACAUUGAACAUUUUGUCUGAGGGUCAAACAUCGAAUAAGCGAUGUUGGGACAAAGUGUGUGUUUGUGUUUGUAAGUAGCCUGUAGAGAUUACUCAGGUGAGACCCGUUAUUCUUGUGAUACAGGUCAAGGGUACUUUUGUGUUUCAAGGAAGUAUCUGCCUCUGGAGUAGGGAGCAUGCAAUAGGGAGCACGCUCGGAUCAUCCGUCAGUUACAAGGCGUACCGCUUAAACGCUACACGUAGAGGAGAUACAUUCUCUACAACACGAAUUAUAAUUUUGUAUUACGUGUUGACAGAGACUUUGUCAAACUAGGACGAGAAAUUUUUUCCUUGUUGAUUCACGUCUGGAGGUUCAUAACCGUGGGUUGAAGCAAGCCCGGCUGCUGUUGAGACGCUGUGCACCAAUAAGGGUCCAUAGGUGGCUUGCACUGAAUCAGUGAUGCACUCCCAGAAGGCCGUGAUGGUUAUAGUUUAAAACAUUCCUUUGUUUCGUGGAGAGAUCGAUAAAUGAAAUAUGUAAAGUCUGAAUUCUUUCAUAGCAAGGAGGUAAUUUUAAGAGCACAUUUAAAAUGCAUUUUUUUACAAUUUUGUGUUCAGUUACAAGGCAGAGCACAUCGAGUAGAUACAUUCUACCCAACGCUAAUUAGGAUUUUGUAUGACGUCUUAUGUUGGUGAACUAGGACAAGAAAUGUUCCUUGCUGAUGAACGUCUGGAUGUUGACAACCGUGGGUUGAAGCAAGCCCUGACUGCUGUUGAGACAUCGUGCACAAGAACCGGUCCACAGCUGCCUCGCACUGAGUCAAUGCUGCACUAGUCAUGGACUCGCAGAAGGCCGUGGGAUUUAUAUUUUGUGUAAAACGUUCCUUUGUUUCGUGGAGAGACCGAUUAAAUGAAAGACGUCUUGUCUGCU